UGACUAUCCCGGCAAAGGCCGAUGACGGUGGCAAAUGCCUUGGUAAGUGGUAACAAAGGAUCCAGCUUCUUGUCUACUCCCUCUGAGAUAGCUUUCAGAUCCGAUCCGCUGCGAAGGCGCAAAGGUGAAAUGGCGGCAGUGAAGGACCUUGCCCGCAGUAGCAAGUUGCUACAAGACUAGACACCACGACGGCGUCGUUUUGCAGCUUCCGAGCUAAUCCGAGCUUCAUCUCCUCCGUACUCUCAUUUCAUGUUUCCUCUUCUCUCUUCAUUCAAUGCCAUGAGAACCAAAUCUGUGAUCUUCAUCAGGACUUGGCUACUUCCCCAUUUCCCUGGACCACUGCUUGCUGUUAAACUCUAGGUUUUACCCAUUUUGAUUUGGAUCUUCUUCAUGCAUUUAGUACUUAGGAUGCUACACUAUUGAGUUGAUAAACAAAGAUUCGAUUUGAAGGAAAUGGAGCAAUAUGAAAUCCUUGAGCAAAUAGGAAAAGGGGCUUUUGGGUCUGCCCUUCUUGUGAGACAUAGACUUGAAAAGAAAAAGUAUGUUCUGAAGAAAAUUCGUCUUGCUCGCCAAACUGACAGAACACGUCGAAAUGCACACCAAGAGAUGGCACUCAUUUCAAAAAUGAAAAAUCCAUUUGUUGUGGAGUACAAGGACUCUUGGGUGGAGAAGGGCUGCUACGUGUGCAUAAUCAUAGGUUACUGUGAAGGUGGUGAUAUGGCUGAAGCAAUUAAAAAGGCAAAUUGUAUCCAUUUCUCUGAGGAGAAGCUAUGUAGAUGGCUUGUUCAACUGCUAAUGGCUCUUGACUACUUACACAUGAAUCAUAUUCUUCAUCGAGAUGUCAAGUGCUCAAAUAUUUUUCUAACCAAAGAGCAAGAUAUUCGUCUUGGUGAUUUUGGACUUGCCAAGAUGUUGAGUUCUGAUGAACUGGCUUGCUCUAUUGUUGGAACUCCCAGUUAUAUGUGCCCUGAGCUUCUUGCUGAUAUACCUUAUGGCUCUAAAUCAGACAUCUGGUCUUUAGGAUGCUGUAUUUAUGAAAUGGCUGCACUGAAGCCUGCAUUCAAGGCGUUUGAUAUGCAAGCUCUAAUCAACAAAAUAAACAAGUCUAUAGUGGCACCCUUACCUACAAAAUAUUCUGGUCCAUUUCGUAGUCUUGUAAAGAGCAUGCUCCGGAAAAAUCCAGAAAUACGGCCUAGUGCUGCAGAGCUUCUUAAGCACCCACACCUCCAGCCUCAUGUGAUUAGCAUUCAUCUUAAACUCAAUAGUCCUCGGCGUAAUAGUUUACCAAAUUGCUGGCCCGAUAGUGACAUAAAGAAAUCCAGAUUCACAGGUCCACAACAUAUUCGUGGUAACCAAGAGAAGAGCUUGUCAUGCUUCAAUGACAGGACAUUGAAUCCCAGUGUUUCUGAAACAGAUCAUGACAUUACCUUUUCUGCUCAAGAGUACUGCAACACACCUAGUAAAAUCACUGCAUUGUCUACAGGAAGCACUGAAAGAGGAACCAUCACGAAAAAAAUUACUUCAAAUGUUGCAAAUGCUACCAAGAACUCGAAAGGAACUUUGGCAAAAAAUUCUUCCUCUGCAAAGAGACAAGCAUCAGCACUGAAGCACAGCGAGAUGGUUCCUACUUCAAGAACUUUGGUGAAGAGGUUUAUUCCCGCAACUCGUAAAGAAUCUUCGCCCUUAAGCACCACUAAAGCUGCUGUUCAAGAGGUGCCUCGCAGGCCCAGCAUUGGCAUCCUUGAUUGCUACAAAUCUCAAGAUGUUUCUGUGUAUGCCCCCCGAAUAGAUAAGAUGCUCGAGUUCCCUUUAGCCUCAUAUGAAGAACCUUCCCAUCCUGUCUGCAAAACAUCAUCAGUUUCUGCGCAAGACUCUUGUGGGUCCCCCGAAGGGGUCUGUUCAAUCAGGAAAGAUAAAUGCACAAUCCUCCAGAUCCCCCCUGACAACAAAUCUGAUAAACUGAGCUGUACCGGUGGUUGGCAAGGAUUCACAAGCCCCCUCAUGCUGGGAAUGGAUAGGGAGGAGGAGAGAAGCAAUUGUUCUGAUCAAAAUGCAACGGCUGGUGCAUCGAGUCAAACCUCAUCAGACCAAAGGCGCCACCGUUUUGACAUGUCGUCUUACAAACACAGAGCCGAAGCAUUAGAAGGGCUGCUUGAGUUUAGCGCAAGGCUGAUGCAAGAGGAACGGCUUGAUGAGCUCGGCGUUUUGUUAAAGCCAUUUGGGCCAGGGAAGGUGUCUCCUCGGGAAACUGCCAUAUGGCUGUCCAAGAGCUUUAAACAAAAUGCUACAUGCAAGCCUGAAGAAGACGAAGAAGAAGAAUAAUCCCUAUUGAGUACCCAAGGUGUGUAAAGUAGCUUUUUUUUAACACUUCAGAUAUUCAGACAUUUGUAUUUUGUAUGCAGAAUCUGAUCUUGUAGGGUAUGUAGUAGUUUAGAACCCAUUUAACUUCAUUGUUGUGCAAAAUGGUGUUGGCAUCAUUAGUAGGAAUCUUUAAAGAACAUGUGAGAGUUGUUGAUGGUAGAUUUACUUUUCCUGUCUUUCCUUCAAUGGUGUAGUUGUGGUACAAUCAAUCAUUUUAAAUGAUCAAGCAAAUGAAGCAUACACCAUAGU